CUUCGGCUCCAGAAGUGCCGGGGCAAAUAAUGUACUUGCAUGCAUGUUGCACGUUAAUGUUACUACUGCUGAGCGAAACUGAGUAAACUGUAAACAAAUUCACUCGAGGGGUACAGGCCGGACCGUAUUUACGUCAAUUCCACACAGCAGGAAUGGAUGCAGAGGGUUUCGGGGAGCUUCUGCAGCAGGCAGAGCAGCUGGCUGCUGAGACAGAAGCAGUAUCAGAGCUGCCGCAUGUCGAGAGGAACCUCCAGGAGAUCCAGCAGGCGGGGGAGAGGCUUCGAUCCCGCACUCUAACCCGCACCUCCCAAGAUGCUGCCGACGUGAAAGCGUCAAUCCUUCUUGGUUCCAGAGGGUUAGACAUCUUCCACAUCUCCCAGAGGUUGGAAAGUCUUAGUGCAGCCACCACCUUUGAGCCCCUGGAGCCGGUCAAAGACACUGACAUACAGGGCUUCCUGAAGAACGAGAGGGACAACGCCUUGCUGUCGGCCAUCGAGGAGUCUCGCCGCAGGACGUUCCUGUUGGCUGAGGAGUACCACCGGGAGUCCAUGCUGGUCCAGUGGGAGCAGGUGAAGCAGAGAGUGCUGCACACACUACUGGGAGCAGGAGAGGACGCACUGGACUUCAGUCAAGAUGUGGAGCCGAGCUUUGUGAGUCAAGUAACGGCUCCAGGAAGGAGUGCUUUGGACAGCGUGGAGGUGGCCUACGGACGACAGAUUUACGUUUUCAAUGAGAAGAUUGUGAAUGGUCACAUUCAGCCAAAUCUGGGAGACUUAUGUGCUUCUGUCGCCGAGAGCCUGGACGACAAGAAUGUAUCGGACAUGUGGCUGAUGGUGAAGCAGAUGACGGAUGUGUUGCUCGUUCCAGCCAAAGAUACUCUGAAAAGUCGCACCUCUGUUGAAAUGCAGAUGGCUUUUGUACGCCAGGCGCUCGGCUUCCUAGAGAACAGUUAUAAAAACUACACCUUGGUGACUGUGUUUGGGAACCUCCAUCAGGCCCAACUAGGGGGAGUGCCAGGAACGUACCAACUAGUCCGCAGCUUCCUCAACAUUAAAUUACCGGGGCCUCUGCCUGGCAUGCAGGAUGGCGAGAUAGAGGGCCAUCCAGUGUGGGCUGUGAUCUACUACUGUCUGCGUUGUGGGGAUCUGAACGCAGCCAUGCAGGUCGUGAACCGAGUGCAGCAUCAGCUGGGAGACUUCAAGACGUGGUUUCAGGAGUACAUGAACAGCCCCGACAGACGCCUUUCUCCAACUUCAGAGAACAAGCUCCGCCUCCACUACCGCAGAGUGCUGAGGAACAGCGCCGACCCUUACAAGAGAGCCGUCUACUGCCUGAUCGGAAAGUGUGACAUCAGCGAUAACCACGGAGAGGUGGCAGACAAGACUGAAGACUACCUCUGGCUUAAGUUGAACCAGGUGUGUUUUGAUGACGACUGCAGCAGCUCUCCUCAGGACCGACUGACCCUGCCUCAGCUGCAGAAACAGCUGCUGGAGGACUACGGAGAGUCCCAUUUCUCAGCGAGCCAGCAGCCCUUCCUGUAUUUCCAGGUGCUGUUCCUGACGGCUCAGUUUGAGGCGGCGGUGGCCUUCUUGUUUCGCGUGGAGCGACUCCGAAGUCACGCGGUGCACGUGGCGUUGGUCCUGUUCGAGCUGCGGCUGUUGCUGAAGUCGUCGGGCCAAAGUGCCCAGCUGCUAAGCCAGGAGCCCGGCGACCCCCCCAUGGUGCGCCGCCUCAACUUCAUCCGCCUGCUCAUGCUCUACACUCGCAAGUUUGAGUCCACUGAUCCACGGGAAGCACUGCAGUACUUCUACUUCUUACGUAAUGAGAAAGACAGCCAGGGAGAAAACAUGUUCAUGCGUUGUGUCAGUGAACUUGUGAUUGAGAGUCGUGAGUUUGACAUGCUUUUGGGGAGACUAGAGAAGGACGGCAGUAGGAAGCCUGGGGUCAUAGAUAAGUUCGCCGGGGACACCAGAGCCAUCAUCAGUAAAGUGGCUAUGGAGGCUGAGAACAAAGGCCUGUUUGAGGAGGCAGUCAAACUCUACGAGCUGGCCAAGAACCCAGAUAAGGUGUUGGAGCUAAUAAACCGGCUGCUGAGUCCAGUCGUUGCCCAAGUCAGCGCCCCUCAGUCCAACAAGGAGAGGCUUAAAAACGCUGCAGUGGCUAUUGCAGAGAGGUAUCGUUCUCAGGGCGUCGCAGGAGACAAGUCCAUCGAUAGUACUUUCUACCUGCUGCUAGACCUGACCACCUUCUUUGACGAGUACCACGCAGGUCACGUGGACAGAGCCUACGACGUGAUGGAACGUUUGAAGCUCCUUCCUCUCAGUCAGGACAGUGUGGAGGAGAGAGUGGCUGCUUUUAGGAACUUCAGUGAUGAGGUGCGCCACAACCUGUCCGAAGUGCUGUUGGCCACCAUGAACAUCCUGCUCACUCAGCACAAACGCCUGAAGGCGGCGCCAGCAGGAACACCAGGACGACCCCAGAGGACCGUGGAGGACAGGGACAUGCAACUCCGCAGCCAGGCCAGAGCCCUGAUCACUUUUGCUGGUAUGAUUCCCUACAACAUGGCCGGAGACACCAACGCAAGACUGGUGCAAAUGGAAUUACUGAUGAACUGAGACACACGCACACACACACACAGACACACACACAGACAGACACGGACACACACGGACAGAGAGCGUGACAAACAGAAACCUUUUGGCAAUAUAAGACUUCUACCAAUCGUAUAUAUACAAACUCUCUUGUCAACCAUUUUCUUUAUAUACACCAUUUGUCCUUGUUUUAUCAGAUACAUCAUCUUACGUUAUCCAUUUGAGUUCCCAUUUGUUGUCAGUUUUCUCUUCAGUUUUGUUUUUGUCUCUUUGAUGAUUUGGAAUAAAAAAUAAGUGUUCUUUUCAGUUGCCUUUUAUUUUUUACAUUUCCUUUUUUCCCCAUCUAGCAUCACUUUUUAAAAACAUGAUUGUUUUCAGUCACUGAUGAAUCAAAAUUGGGCUUAAUGUAAUAUUAUAUAUCAUACUAACCCUAUAUAAAAAUACACUGUCUGAGCCCUCAAAGCUGAUCUUCCCUCAGAGAAAAGUUUUAAACAUUUCAUCUCCCAUAGGACCAAGAAUUGUAACUUGCUCAUAAGGGACCAGUGUCGCAGACAGACGCCGCGUUGUCCUCCCAGGCUGUGGCGCCGUGUCUCUGACACGUCCUGUUCUCUGGCAGAUGGUUGGUUGGCUUGAAGCAGACUGGAGGGAUAUUUCUGCUUUGUCUCAGUAUCAGCAGGGGGGUGGGGGUCUGGGUUAACGGGAAUAUACAUUGAUACAGUUGGAAUUAAUGUAAUGCCCAAGUUUCCCACUGUUUUGACACCACGUGUUUUUACGUGCAAACGCUCACACACACUCCAAUCGGAUUGCUGUUUGACUCCAUGGUUCAAAUGUUCAUCAUUGGUCUCCAAAUGUCAUUUAAACUUAAAUCAGGUCCCAGAUCUUUCAGCAGUUUCAGCUUUAACAGGGAUCUAAAGCAUAAAGCCUCAUCACAGCAUUUCAACACCAUAGCAACCAUCCAGAACACCAUAGUAACAACCUAACAACACUAAGCAUUAGGCACCAGGCUACUGGUGCGUUUAGCAAAAAAAAAAACUAACGAGUUGAUGCUCCCAAAAAAAUACCAUCACCCGUCAUCCCCUCUGUUGAAUUGGUGGCCAACACACUGUGGCCUGAGAGAACACAGAUGGAGGCUCAUUCUGUCUUGGCUUCUCUUCAUAUCCGAGUUGAUAUGUUAAGACAAAGCUGAGCCAAGUACUAUGGGGUCCAUGCUGUUGUUCUCCUUCCCGGGGCUGUGAGCGGAGACGCACCGGUUCUCCUCCUACACUUCAUAAUGUGGCGGACGAUCUGGAAAUCACCUGCGGUGCAAAAGUAGCUGUCGUCUGAAGUCACAGCUGACUAACCCGUCACGUUUGAGGGACCAAAGGCUGCUGCAUAGAGUCCUGACAUCAGUUGUUCUCUUCCCUGGUUUUUAGUACAACCUGUCGUGUGUGUGUGUGUGUGUGUUUUUCUAUACACCCAGCAGCAGAAGACCGGCCUCUCAGGUGUGUGUGCUGCAGCUGGUGUUGUGAAUCAGGCCGAUGACAGACACCUCCUAAAACCCGGCUAUUUCACAACACCAGGGUGGCACUGCACCACUACCGACGAGACCAAGAACCACCGCACGACGCUGCCAAGGGAGAAGAAGCAAGAUGAACACCGCUGUGUUCAGUGGUGUCACACACACUUAUACACAGAGCUCAGUGUGCUUUUUAAAGACUUUGAGGAAUCAUUUCAGUGGACUGUAAAACUGGUGUGUUUGUUGUGCUACGCAGGUUCUGUCAAUCACACCUGAUCUGCUGACGUUUUUUAGUUUUUCCACCCAAUCAUGAGCUAUUAUAUUAUAUUUUCUCCCCCCAUAUAAUGUAUAAUGGGUUGGACUCAUUCACCUUCACUCAGAUAUGAGAACCGCAUAUGUGUGGCGAUUUGUAGAAAUGUAAGGAUUCACAUGAAGAUUCCCUGUGUUGAGACGGUUGUAGCCUACUCCAUAAAAAAAACUUUUUUUUACCCCUUUUGCUCUGUAAAUAAAUAACAUUACCAAUAUUUACACUGUAAGUUUGUUCUGUUGUUGGGGUCCAAAUCAGUUGCAUUUCUCAAUUUUUUUGGGCCAUCAACCUUUCCCAUCUGAAUAUUUGUACACCACAUUAUUACUUUCUACAUUGUACUUAUUAUGAUUACAGCCAUUGUUAAUACCCAAGAAACAAAUACAACCAUCAGAGCGGAUUCAAACCUCCCCCAUCCAUCCCGGUUCGUCCCUCUUCAACAACUUAUGCUCUCUGAUCUUUCCCUUUAAAGACAGAUGGUCUGCCUGUUGUCUGGGAAUAUGGAGUGUGGCCUGCGGGUGUGACCCACUUAUGUCUUUCCCUCAAAAGACAGUGAGCCCCUCACUGUUUUUGACCUGCACACUUUGAAAAACGAAUACAUUUUCCCUUUAGUAUUUAUAUAAGUAAAUGUGGAAUCCGAAAUAAAUCAUCAUGCCACCAUCAUGA